GAAUCUUCCAAGGCUGCCACUUUUUAAGCAAGCAGAAGAUCCAGAGAUGAAUUGCAGUUGAUGCAGGACAGACAAAAUCAAGAUGAUGUACUGGAUUUUGAAUGAAAGUCUAUCCAUUGUUUUAUUUUUACUGUGGCUGGGAAUGAAUUUAUACCUGUUUAUUGACACAUUCAACUGGUAUGAAGUUGAUGAUGCUUACCUCUAUACACGAGUUAUGCUGGGUUCCACACUUGCUUGGGCAAGAGCUUCUGCCACAUGCCUCAACUUUAACUUCUUACUAAUCCUGUUACCAGUCAGUAGGAACCUUAUUUCAUUCCUCAGAGGAACCAACUUUUGUUACAGAGGAGUUUUAAGGAGACAGCUUGACAAAAAUAUCACAUUUCACAAGGCUGUGGCUUAUGGAAUAGCUGUAAAUGCGACCAUUCAUAUCAUUGCACAUUUGGUCAACAUAGAGCGAUAUCACCUUAGCCAUUCAAAACAAGCAGGAGAGUUAAACAACAAGCUGUCUGACAUUGGUAAGAGUGCCAAUGAAAGCUACUUGAAUCCUAUCAGGAACCAUGACACAAACACAAUAUCUGAAAUAUUAACAACAACUGCAGGAACAACCGGUCUCCUGAUCACUGUGUCUUUAAUUCUGAUAAUGACCUCAUCCACAGAUACCAUUGCCAGAUCAUUCUAUGAGGUGUUUUGGUACACACAUCACUUAUUCAUUGUUUUCUUUAUUGGCUUGGUUCUUCAUGGUAUGGGACAGUUCAUCCGCGGUCAGACUCCACAGAGUCUGUUGCUGCACAAUGUCACUUAUUGUAAAGAUCAUUAUUUGGAGUGGGAGACAACAGCUCAGUGCCCUACACCACAGUUUUCUGGAAAUGACCCUGCGGCUUGGAAGUGGGUCUUAAGUCCUGUGAUAUUAUAUAUCUGUGAGAGAAUGAUUAGACUGUGGCGGUUUCAGCAAGAAAUUGUCAUUACAAAGGUAGUGUCUCAUUCCUCCGGCGUUCUGGAGCUUCAUAUGAAGAAGCGUGGUUUUAAGAUGGCAGCUGGUCAGUAUAUCUUUCUGCAGUGCCCUUCUAUCUCACAGCUUGAGUGGCAUCCUUUCACUCUCACUUCAGCCCCUGAAGAGGACUUUUUCAGUGUACACGUAAGGGCAGUUGGGGAUUGGACGGAAGCCCUUAUCAAUGCCUUCGGAGCAAAAGAAAAAGUAUUUCAGGAGCCCUGGAAGUUGCCAAGACUAGCUGUGGAUGGACCUUUCGGAGCUGCAGCAACAGACGUCUUUCAAUAUCAAAUUAGUGUAUGUAUUGCAGCAGGAAUUGGAGUUACUCCCUUUGCUUCCAUUCUGAAAUCCAUAUGGUACAAGUGUUAUACUCUAAACACAGAACUGAAUCUGGAAAAGGUUUAUUUCUAUUGGAUUUGCCGAGAUCCAUCUGCCUUUGAGUGGUUUGCUGAUCUCCUGUGCUUGCUGGAAGCACAAAUGGCUGAGAAAGAGAAAGCCCAUUUUCUAAGCUAUCACAUAUUUCUUACUGGCUGGGAUGAAAGUCAGGCUACUCACAUUGCCUUACAUAAUGAUAAAAAGGUGGAUGUCAUUACAGGCUUGAGACAAAAGACAUUCUAUGGAAGACCAAAUUGGGACACUGAAUUCAAGCAAAUAGCAGAAAAUCAUCCUAGUGACAGCAUUGGUGUUUUCUUUUGUGGACCUCAAACUAUCUCUAACAUCCUCCAAAAGAGGUGCAAAAGGUAUUCAUCUGCAGAUCCAAGAGGUGUUCAAUUUUAUUACAACAAAGAAAGUUUCUAGGUCUUGUUUUGGAUAUCAAUGUUCAGGUUAUUUUCUUUUUUAUGUUGAUUUUGCUAGCAUUGUGCUACUAAAGCAUUUACUGUUUUAUGUUUACUAAAGGACAUUAUUAUUUGUUUUGAGUUACAUUGUAAUAUGUUUAAUCAUUACAGUGUAACUCAGUUUACAAUGUAACUUUAAUCAGUUGGGUCAUAGAUGAUGUUUUAAAAUAUCCAGCAGCAGAGGAAAAUUCCCACCUGCUUUAGCAGUCCUAUGAGGUUUGGCACAAAACUUAAACCAAAGUCAUACAUAUCACCUCAAAAUGCUUUUCAGCAUUUCUGCCAUUGUUGUAUAAAUGUGGGGAAAGGCAAUGUUGUAUAUACAUGCAUAUGUGAAACACAGGGGAGAAAUUUUAAAUACACUAGUAACAGGUUUCCAAACUGGCUGAUGUACAGGCAGGAAGGCUGACUUAUAAUUGCAUUUUAACCUUAUUGUAUUUGACAAUCCAUAUAUGAUUUCAGCCUUAUCUCAAAGCUAUUAUAUCAUAUUUAGCAGUGGUGGGAUCCAAAAAUUUUAGUAACUGGUUCCCAUGGUGGUGGGAUUCUGAUGGAUUUACAACUCAUGUAUUUGAUGAAGUGAGCUGACUCAUAAAAGCUUAUGCUUAAUCUUAA